AUGAAGUCCGCUCGCCAAUUAGGACAGGGCUCUUCGCAAAUAGAAAAUGAAGAAAACGAGCUGCUAUUUGGCAUUCUACCGAACAGUACCACAGACAAUGAAGAAACCAAUACGGACCUUGGUGCCGUGAAAAAAAAAAGGAAACAAACCACCGUACCCGCCACUCGUGCAAAGUUAAAUGAAGAAAGGUGGUAUGCGACCUGGAAAUCAGCAAAAUUAACGGCCGAGGGAAAGCCCGUUCCACUUUCUGUAAUAUUGAAUGAAGAAAAAGAAAACAAUAUCGAAAGAUCUCAAGUGGAACCAGAAGAGUUCAAUCUUACAUUUGAUCAAGACAAUAUUACGGAUAACUUCAAUGCAAAUAACGAUAAUACCAUUCCAAUUGCAAUUCCUGAAUGGCUAGAAGAGCGGGAAAAGACAAUUAGAUCCAUUUUGGAGGAUGCUUCUUCAUCCAACAAAGCUCAUCAAGUGGAAAAGACUUUUGAAUUUCAAGACGACAAUCUUUCCGAUAGCGAAUUUGAUUCAGUAAAUUUUUAA